CCUGUAGUUAUUCCUCUUCCUCUUCCGCCUCGCUCUCACUCCUGCUCUUCCUGGCCGUGCGGUUCCUUCUCCCUGAUCCUUCUUUGGCUUCGCGGUUCAUGGCGAUGUGGAGGGCCGCCGCUAGGCAGCUGGUCGACCGGGCGCUCGGUUCAAGCGCCGCACACACGUCUGCAGGCAGCAAGAAAAUCGUUGGGGUGUUCUACAAGGCCGGGGAGUAUGCCGACAAGAACCCCAACUUCGUCGGCUGCGUCGAGGGAGCACUCGGCAUCCGCGGCUGGCUCGAGUCGCAGGGCCAUCAGUACAUUGUCACCGAUGACAAGGAGGGCCCCAACUGUGAACUGGAGAAGCACAUUGAAGACAUGCAUGUCCUGAUUACCACCCCUUUCCACCCAGCUUAUGUCACUGCAGAGAGGAUAAAGAAGGCAAAGAAUCUUGAGCUUCUUCUCACUGCUGGAAUCGGCUCUGAUCAUAUUGAUCUUCCAGCAGCGGCUGCUGCAGGCUUAACUGUGGCUGAGGUCACUGGAAGUAACACCGUCUCUGUUGCAGAAGAUGAGCUCUUGCGCAUUCUGAUUCUGCUCAGGAACUUCUUGCCUGGGUACCAACAGGUAGUUCAAGGUGAAUGGAACGUAGCAGGCAUUGCCCACAGAGCUUAUGAUCUUGAAGGAAAAACUGUUGGGACUGUUGGGGCUGGUCGUAUAGGCAGGCUCUUGCUUCAGCGUCUUAAGCCCUUUAACUGCAACCUGCUUUACCAUGACAGACUUCAGAUUGACCCAGAGCUUGAGAAAGAAAUUGGGGCCAAAUUUGAGGAGGACCUGGAUGCUAUGCUUCCGAAGUGUGAUGUGAUUGUGAUCAACACACCUCUUACGGAGAAAACAAGAGGCAUGUUUAACAAAGAGAGGAUUGCAAAGAUGAAGAAAGGUGUAAUUAUUGUGAAUAAUGCUCGAGGAGCAAUCAUGGAUACUCAAGCAGUCGCAGAUGCAUGUUCUAGCGGCCACAUUGCUGGAUACGGUGGUGAUGUGUGGUUCCCCCAGCCAGCACCAAAGGAUCACCCCUGGCGCUACAUGCCUAACCAUGCCAUGACCCCUCACAUCUCUGGGACUACAAUUGAUGCGCAGCUGCGGUAUGCGGAGGGUGCGAGGGACAUGCUGGAUAGGUAUUUCAAGGGAGAGGACUUCCCGGUGCACAACUAUAUCGUCAAGGAAGGCCAGCUUGCCAGCCAGUACCAGUGACCGUGCGAGAUGUCGCUGCAAUAUGGCUUUUCUCGGGAGAAGCUGCGAGGAAGAAACUGCUGUUGCGUCACUGUAUGAGAGUAGCUCUGAGAAACCUGUCAGCGGCCACCUGCAAUAAGAAUACCUUGCUUAUCUCACCGAGGAGCUGAGAAACCUGUCAGCGGCCACCUGCAAUAAGAAUGCCUUGCUUGUCUCACCGAGGUGAUGAAUAAGAGUCAUUUUUUUCCCUUCUCUGUCAACGAACUGAUAGUGUUUUGGUUGUCACAUGAUAGUGUUUUGGUUCAACCUGUGAUAACGCAAAUGGUAACGAACUGCAUGCGCUAUGUCAUUUGCUGCUAUUCCCUUGGUUUUAGCAGAUUUUUGUUC